AUGACAUACUUUAUUGGUGCUGGCAAAUCCUUCAACGUGGUGCUUAAUCAUGAGGAUCUCUCCGAUCCUGCAGAGUGGAGCCAAGAAAAGGAAUCACUUUUGAUUAAUACGAGAAAGGAAUUCGAAGGUUGGGACCCAGUACUUUUGAAGAUCAUAGGAAUGAUCGGAAAUACUAUGAAGUGGCCUCUUUAUAGCAGUUCCAUUAUGCGCCGCUCGGUUUCGGGCAAGCUCGUUGUCCUCGGUGAUGCGGCCCAUGCAAUGGUCCCAUACAUGUCGCAAGGGGCCGCGAUUGCAGUCGAGGAUGGUGUAGCCAUUGCUCGUAGUCUCCAGAAAGUCAAGACCAAGGACGAAAUACCUCUUGCGCUAUCUAUUUUUGAAGCAGCGCGAAUUCGUCGCGCAUCUAAGAUGCAAGAAGCAGGUUUGCUAAACAGCAAACUUUGGCACUUCUCUGACGGACGAAUACAACGCGCUCGAGACGAGGCGAUGCGGCCUGAAGUGUAA